CACCGAACACUUGACAGUGACGUUUCCCUAGCUGCGUUUUGUGCAAAAAGUGAUAUGAUUGUCAGAUUAAGGAAAACAAGGCCCCAAAAUUAAAUAAACGGAACAAUAAUCUUGUAAUGCAUCAGGUAGCGGCGCAUUAGCUCGGGUAAACUACAUUACAGUAUCUAACGCUUUCAAUAUAAUCACUUCAAAAGAAAAUAUUUCACGCUCCAAGUAAGAUGACGUACUAACCUAAACGCGCAAAGCAAUUUUCCAAGCAGUUAUGUCGAUAAAUGGGGAUGCUAAAGUUCAACAGGAGAAAAAAAUCCGAUUCCGACAACCGGCCAAAGUGUUAUUUGCAGCAGACAGCAAGAUAGAGGAUCUGCUGAGGAAUGAGAAGACUGAUAUGCAACUUGACGAAACUGACUCAUCAAGGAAGUGUUCUGCAGGUAGGGUCAUGAUUGUUUACAAUGUUUGACAUAUAUUCUAACAAAAGGAUGGUUAUUCUAUCAUAAAUAUAUAGCAGAAGUUCUGAGUAAUAUGUAAGCUCAGAAAGAAAAAAUGGCUUGUAAAACAUGUAAGUAGUACAUUUCUAUAUAAAUUAGAUACUUAUCGGAUUUCUGAGGAAGAGCACAUAAUAUGUGCUUGCCUACAAUCUUGUAUUUUGAAUUCAUGCCAUAACUUUUUGGUAGUAUGGAUCCAUUAUAAAACUGAUUUUCAAAAUUAAUCUUGUAGGCUGUGUAUUUCAUUGAUGAACUACACUUUACUAAGGCAUAUUUUGCACAAUAUUAUUAUUUCUGUUAAAGAUUUUUAAGCAGAUUGUAACAUUAGUUGUACAACUGAAUGUAGCUUAUGUCUCAACCCUAGAACUGUACCCUGGGGUACAAAUUAAAAUCAUUCUUGUUUGCUAUAAGGUGAUAUGUUUUGGUGGGGGCCAGAAAGACAUUAUCAUUGUGACUGAAAAAAAUAUUACAAAAACCUAUGUAAGUUGAUUUUUGUUUUUAUAAAUGACUGUCUUAUUGGGGUACAUAAUAUGUAUCCCAGGGUACUGUUAAUUUAUUUUUUUAUGGCUGGGGUUCUAGGCUUAAAUAGUAUGUCAAACCCAAACCCAAAAUGAGCAAUUUAUUAUCAGAAAAUUACAAGCUAAUGAUUAGCAAGUUCCUAUAAUUUAAAGAAAAUACUAAAUACUCUAAACAUAUAGAUAUACUAAUCACAAUUUCACUAUGCACUUAUCUAUCAUACAACUUAUCAUACAGUGUAUAGUUUGAACUGUACAUUCAACAUUAGUUUGAUAGCAGGACAAGUAACUUAGAAAAUAAUAGAAAGUAAUACAAUUAUUUGUAUACUGAAAAAAAAAAUGGCGUGGUACCCCUUUUCAGUUUUUUUAAUUGUGAAUUUCUGAUGUGGAACUAUUUGCUGUAUCCUGCACCUGUAUGUUGUGGUGCCCUGGUAUUUGAGUAUAAAAACAAACUAUCAAAAAUCUAAGAACUAUUUCAUUAGAGCUGAGAAUUAACGAAAAAACUGAUAAUGCUGGAUUUGGGAUGUUAACUUGACAGGCAAACAAUUUUUGUCUUUUAUUAUUUUUUUAAUUUGAACAUUGCUCAUGUGCUGUGCCUAGUCAAAUGCUUAGAUAGAGCAAUAGUUUGUGUUGCUAUGUGCCCAUCUACACCAUACGCUGUCAAUAAAUGCUUUGCUAACCGCAGUGUAAACAUAGCCUUUGUUUCGUAUUUAUAACUACCAUAUUUUAACUUGCUGAUAAAAAUAAUCUGGUAUUACAAAAUAAUUGGUAAACAAAUAUUCUAAGAAAUGAAAAUCCUAUUAAUUUUCAACAUGCAAUAAAAAUUCUGAUAACUGGUUUAUAUUGACUAAUUUUCAGAUAAACUUCCCAGUUUAUGGUCAUUUCUCAACGUAGAAUUAACAAGAGACUAUCAGCUGGAAAAUGCAGAAGAAAGAUUUUCAGCUAGACGAGAAAAAAUCUACUCAUUCAUCAAAAUACCGAAAGAGGUUGAAAGGUUCAUGACAUACGGUUUUAUGCAAUGUGCAGACUCCUUAUUGUUUGUGUAUACAUUUCUGCCAAUCAGAGUCAUAUUGGCUCUGUGGGCGCUGAUCACACGACCCUUUAGCAAAUGUUUUGGGUUUGGUGAUAAAAAGAAUAAAAGAAUCCUAACACCGGCAGAAGUAUGUGAUCUACUUAAAGCCCUUAUACUAUUAGUGUGUACUGCAACAAUGUUUUACUUAGAUACAAAUAUGCUGUACCAUUUGAUAAAAAGCCAAUCUGUUAUAAAGCUGUACAUAUUUUUUAACAUGCUAGAAAUUGGAGAUAGGCUGUUUUCAUCAUUUGGUCAAGAUGCCAUAGAUGCAUUGUUGUGGACAGCUACAGAGCCUAGAGAUAGGAAAAGGGAACACCUAGGCACAUUGACUCAUUUGAUGUUUGCCAUUAUGUAUGUUGUUGCUCAUAGCACGCUGGUACUUUUUCAAGCUGUUGCUCUGAAUGUUGCAAUAAAUUCUAGGAACAAAGCACUAUUGACAAUCAUGAUAUCGAAUAAUUUUGUAGAGUUGAAAGGCAGCGUCUUCAAGAAAUUCGACAACAACAAUCUGUUCCAAGUGUCGUGCAGCGACGUUAGAGAACGAUUCCAUCUGUUCACGCUGCUGUCAAUUGUCAUCCUUCAAACGAUGAAAGAGUACAGUUGGAAAGCUGACAGGUUUUGGGUCAUGCUACCUGAUUGCAUCAUUGUUAUGGUGGCGGAACUGUUGAUUGAUUGGAUAAAACAUGCGUUUAUCACCAGGUUUAACGAACUGAACAUAGAGGUGUACAAAGACUACACAAGAAGUUUGGCGUACGAUGUAGCCCAAACCCGCCAAAAACACGCCUUCUCCGACCAUUCUGAUUUGGUGGCUCGCAGAAUGGGCUUCAUCCCCUUGCCCUUGGGAGUUGUGAUGAUCAGAGUAUUAAUUCAUUCCAUUAGGAUUGACGAUAUCCCUUCUGUUAUAGUAUUUAUUGUUGGAUAUUUGUGCCUUGGAACUUUCAAAAUAACGAAUAGCCUUUUAAUCUUGGGUAAAGCGUGUGACCUGAUAUCGCAGCAUAAGCAAGAACGGACUUCAAUGAAUUCGCCCUUAACACAGCGAUGUAACAGCCCGUUAACCGGGGCUAGACUCAAGGUGGAUCAUGCGACAAGUCCGUCACAUACCAUCAUUGAACAGCCACAUGAAUGUGGAGAUCAGGUUUCGUCGAACUACACCCCAAAUAGUAGAGCAAAAGACAUAAAAUCAAGUUUGUUGUCAAAUGGUUUUCCGCCAUUGGAUAUUAAUAUAAAAAUAGAUCCUAGUGAUGUGGAUCAAACAAUUCUAGGUAGUCUCGGUUUAGGUGCAGCCGUCAUUUUUGAUAAUAGCAACGUGGAUUUGAAAAAUGCUAGUUUGAACGAGGAACUAUUGAAAGUAGAAGGUGAUGAUAUCAAAAUUGAGCAGAUGAGUGAUGAACCAGUAACAAGAAGCUUUCCAGAUAUCAAAAGUGAAAUAGAAACUGAAAGUGAUCCCCUCGAUGAAACACUAAAACGAUCAGAAUCAGAACCAAAUUUAAAUAAGACCGAAUGUGAAGGGACACCUAAUUGAUAGGUUUCAUUGUGGCUUGAUGGGUUUUGGCAGAUUUGAAAAUAAGCACAAUGGAACUGAAGGUGUUCAAAAAAUAUCAUGCUAGUCUGAUUUUAUAUAAAGUGGUUUUCCUAAAUAUUGUUUCAUUGGAAAAGUAAUGUUUCUAUGCUGAUUUAUUGAGUGAAUGAAUCAGGAGUGUAAAACUUUGUUGGAAGAUUAAAUACAAUGUUAUACAACAAAUAUCAUGCUAGUCUGAUUUUAUAUAAAGUGGUUUUCCUAAAUAUUGUUUCAUUGGAAAAGUAAUGUUUCUAUGCUGAUUUAUUGAGUGAAUGAAUCAGGAGUGUAAAACUUUGUUGGAAGAUUAAAUACAAUGUUAUACAAUAAAUACAGUCUGUUACCACUAAUACUAUACAUACAUACAGCUAAAGCAUCAUAGCAACUGUAUAUUAGGUAAUUCUUUGUGACAGUUGCCCAGGAAGGUAAGUAAAAUACUCAAUACUCAGACAGUUUCACAGAACACAUUGAAUUCUUUUGUGCUACACUUUUCCCUUUUCAUUUCCUGAGAAUUUAGAAUAUUGAAUGCACAAUUGAAUUUUUAAGAGUAAUGUUGAAUACUCUAUGGUGUUAUCCCUUAUAAAAGAUUAGUCCUUUAGUUAUCAUAAAAGCAUUGUUACUAUCAAAUUAGCAACCUACAGGCAAUCUGUAUAAGUUUUUUGUGAAUAGUAAGGCCACAUUUAGCAAAAAUUAUGAAUUCUCAAUGGGUCAGUUAAACUUUAUGGCAAGUGGAUAAACUGCUGUCAAUAUUUUUACAUACCUUUGGAACUUUAAAGUGAAAAAACUGCUGUUUUUAGAAUCAU